GUUUGCUCCGUCCGGACUCAUGGUAGGGUACCAGUCUCCCUCCGCUUGUUUCCAGCACAUGUGUGCUGUGCACGCUGCUGUGCGCAACCUUGGCUCAAUAGAGUAGGAUGGGAAAGUUUUUGUUGUUUGGAUCAUGGCGUGGCGUGAUGGCCAAAGAGAGUCAGCGAGAGAUUGGCGUUGAUUUUCUGGACAGACGGAAUCAACGUCAAUCAGGAUGGAUACUGUUAGUGCUGCGGAGAAGUCUUUGGAUCAAAAUGUGGAAGACGAGGACGAAGAGGAGGAGGAGAUCAUGUUGGAGUCUGAAAAAGAGGCCGCGCGGAGAGCUUUUGCAGCCAUGUUGGAAAGGGAGGGAAGCUUUCCCGAAUCGUCAGAUUCAUCAAGUGAAGAGGAGGCGGAUGUUGCAAGAACCACCGCUCAGGAGCCGGCUUGCAUCGAGCGGAUUCGGCUACCUGACCGGAUUCGAAACCGCUACACCUUUUUAGAACUGCUUCAUGAAAAUCAUGGCCGUCGGGUCUACUUUUGCGACGCCCUCACUCAAGGUGGAAGUGGAGAAAACCGCUGUGUGUUGAAGGUGUGGUAUAAAUCUUCGCAGGAAGCCGACAUGCUGGAAUCAGUGAUCAAGGGUCAGCUUGAACUGAUGGACUUACAACGUCAUGCCAACGUGGUACAGCCGUGCAGGAUCUUGGAGGACGACUCGUGCUACUAUGUGGAAUUUCAUGCCGUCUUGGCUGGCAGCUCUUUGUUCCAGACGAUUGUGGCAGAUGCGUCCACCACAGAGCGGUGGAUCAAGAGAGUCUUCCGGGGUAUCUUUCGUGGGCUGGCGCACUUGCAUGAUCAUGGCCUGACGCACGGGGACAUCAAACCGGAGAAUGUCUUGCUUGAGUGGAAGGGCUAUCGCGAGCUGCUCUCCAAGCAUGCGAAGCAUCCCAAAGCCUGGCUUUCCGUGAAAAAGUCUGUGAGACGUUGGAAAUGCCCCACACACUUCAAGACGGCUUGGACGCGGCAUCAGUUGGUGGCUCAUGUUCGCAUCAUCGAUUUAGAUACCGCCUCCCGCUCUCCCAAAGGGAUUUGCGGGACGCCUGGCUACAUGUCUCCAGAGGAAUAUGUAUCAGAUUCCACCCCUGCAGGGGAUCUAUUUGCAGUGGGCGUCAUGCUGUACCAGCUCAUGCGCUGCGUGUGCCCCUUCCAUGAGACAGUAUUUCGAGUCCUGCGAGGCAGACCUUUGGACGGCGUGAGCGCUGAAACGAGAGAGGAGAUCGCCGAGGCCGUGGAAGUGGUGGUGAGCCACAUCGACUGGACUGAACACCCGUGGCCUGCACUACCAAAGGCUAGGGACUUGUGUCAGCAGCUGUUACAUGCAGAUCCUGCAGAAAGAGGUGGCACAGCUUCCGAAGUGAUGGCUGCAUCUCCGUGGCUGAACCCACGUGUUGGCAAGCACUUAAAGACUUUGGUGAGAAGAACAACCACAAAGAUGAAUUCAAGUCUGGGUACGUCACCUCCUUCGAGGAGCACAAAGAUGUCCUCGCGCUUGACCAAGAAUUUUGGUUAGGUUUUUCCAGCAGACGUCCUCUGAAAA